AUGGGCGUAACGUCGUCUGGAACGUCACUCACCGACGGCGCCUCGCUCGCGCAGAACCUGAAGCGCAAGCGCGUCUCCUCGCCGCCGCCAGCAGACCCACCGCCUGCUAAAAAGCGCCGCCAGCCUCUUAACUACUUCAAGGAUGCGAAGCGCCGUUUCCUCCUGGCUUACGUGCCCAUGCGCCAGGACGCCAGACGCAUAGACUUCGAUACGGCGAGGGAGCUUGACAAGACCAUUCGAGACGCGUAUGCAGAGCGAUUCAGUGGAGAAGUGGCGCGUGCGGGGAGAAUGUCGGGCAUAGGGCAGCCAACGCAUGAGGAAUGUCGCUAUGCGCUCCUUAACCGCAUCAGUUCUUUCUUGACAGACUACAUGACGUGCACCAUUCAAGAUCUGGAGAAUGAGGACGUGUGGGCGUACCACUCGAGGGCGGAGGACGAAGAGGAGGUUUAG